GUUUUGUAGACGUCGUACUGACUGAUGUAUUUGUGACGUGGAUGCUCUUCUGUAGUAAUAGUCGUCUGUUGGAAACAUUGUAUUGCUAUGAGUUGGUUAAUUUAUUUGAUGUUUGAAAAUGUUACAUGAAAAUGUGAAAUGUUACAUGCUGUUUUAGAUUAAUUAUUAGUGCUCAUUUAUUGGUCAUUUUAUACUGCUUAUGAACAGAUAACUUUAAAAUGCUUACUAAAUUUGAAACGAAAUCGGCUCGUGUAAAGGGUCUUUCUUUCCACCCUAAAAGACCAUGGGUUUUGUCAAGUUUGCAUAAUGGUGUUAUACAGUUAUGGGACUACCGUAUGUGUACAUUACUGGACAAGUUCGAUGAACAUGAUGGACCAGUGAGAGGUAUAUGUUUUCAUAACCAGCAACCCAUAUUUGUAUCAGGAGGAGAUGACUACAAAAUCAAGGUAUGGAACUAUAAGCAACGAAGGUGCAUUUUUACACUUCUGGGUCACUUAGAUUAUAUUCGUACAACUGUGUUUCAUCAUGAAUAUCCAUGGAUUCUUAGCGCAUCUGAUGACCAAACAAUCCGUAUUUGGAAUUGGCAAAGUCGCACUUGUAUCUGUGUCUUAACUGGCCAUAAUCAUUAUGUCAUGUGUGCACAAUUUCAUCCUACAGAUGACAUUGUGGUGUCUGCGUCUCUAGAUCAGACUGUAAGGGUAUGGGAUAUCUCUGGCUUAAGAAAGAAGAAUGUAGCUCCAGGACCUGGUGGUCUUGAUGAACAUUUGAAAAAUCCUUCGGCAACAGAUUUAUUUGGUCAGGCAGAUGCUGUUGUAAAACAUGUUCUUGAAGGUCAUGAUCGUGGUGUUAAUUGGGCUUGUUUUCACCCAACUCUACCCUUGAUAGUUUCAGGUGCUGAUGAUAGGCAGAUAAAACUGUGGCGAAUGAAUGAAGCAAAAGCUUGGGAAGUUGAUACCUGCAGAGGGCACUAUAACAAUGUAUCUUGUGUCCUUUUCCAUCCACGUCAAGAAUUAAUUUUGUCCAACAGUGAAGACAAAAGCAUCAGAGUCUGGGACAUGACUAAAAGAACUUGUUUACAUACGUUCCGAAGGGAACAUGAACGAUUUUGGGUCCUAGCUGCUCAUCCAACCCUUAAUCUCUUUGCUGCAGGUCAUGAUUCUGGUAUGGUUAUUUUCAAAUUGGAAAGAGAACGCCCAGCUUAUGCAGUUCAUGCUAACAUGCUUCUUUACAUCAAAGAUAGAUUUCUACGUAAACUUGACUUUACUACAAGUAAGGAUAUGCCCAUAAUGCAAUUACGAGGUGGAGGGAAAACUCCAGUUUACAGCAUUGGAUAUAACAUGGCUGAGAGUGCACUUCUGGUUUGUUGUCGAAAUAGCAAUGUUGAUAAUUCAACCUAUGACUUGUAUAGCGUUCCAAGAGAACACACUGAUGGUCAUACUGUUGAAACAGCAGAGAGUAAACGGUCUACAGGUGUUACUGCAAUUUGGGUAGCUAGAAACAGAUUUGCAGUUCUUGAUAGAAGUCACUCAUUAGUUAUCAAAAACUUGAAAAAUGAAGUAACAAAGAAAGUAGAUCAGCCUUCCUGUGAUGAAAUUUUUUAUGCUGGUACAGGUAUGCUACUUCUGAGAGAUCCAGAUAAUGUCACACUGUUUGAUGUUCAACAAAAGAGAACCUUGGCUCAAGUAAAAAUUUCAAAGUGCCGUUAUGUUGUUUGGUCAUCGGACAUGAGUAAUGUAGCUUUGCUAGCCAAACACACCGUUAUUAUUUGCAAUAGAAAAAUGGAGGGUCUUUGCUCAAUUCAUGAAAAUACCCGAGUCAAGUCUGGAGCUUGGGAUGAGUCUGGCGUAUUUAUCUAUACUACAAGUAAUCAUAUUAAGUAUGCAAUUUGCAAUGGAGAUCAUGGAAUUAUUCGUACUCUAGACCUUCCCAUAUAUAUCACCAAGGUAAAGGGAAAUCAAGUCUUUUGCUUAGAUCGUGAAUGCCGUCCAAUGGUUCUCAGUAUUGACCCAACUGAGUAUCGCUUUAAAUUAGCCCUCAUCAAUAGGAAAUAUGACGAAGUUCUACAUAUGGUCCGUAAUGCACGUUUGGUUGGCCAAUCUAUUAUUGCAUAUUUACAGCAAAAAGGCUAUCCUGAAGUUGCAUUACAUUUUGUCAAGGAUGAUAAGACAAGGUUUGCUUUAGCUUUGGAGUGUGGUAACAUUGAAGUUGCUUUAGAAUCGGCUCGUGCUCUAGAAGACAAAAACUGUUGGGAACGACUUGGACAAGCUGCUCUGAUGCAAGGAAACCAUCAAGUUGUGGAAAUGUGCUAUCAAAGAACAAAGAAUUUUGACAAGCUCACAUUUUUGUAUUUGAUAACUGGAAACUUAGACAAACUGCGGAAAAUGACAAAAAUUGCAGAAAUUCGCAAAGAUCUCUCAGGUCAGUAUCAAGGAGCACUUCUGUUAGGUGAUGUAGCUGAACGAAUAAAAAUUUUGAAGAAUUGUGGUCAAAACUCAUUAGCUUAUUUGACUGCAGCAACACAUGGGAUGGAUGAAGAAAUGAAUGCCUUAAAAAGUGUUUGUGAUGGUAACCUUCCUCAGGUUCCACAAAAUGCCCGAUUGCUAAAGCCACCUAUACCUAUUGCUCAAGCUGAAACCAACUGGCCAUUGCUAACGGUAUCUAAGGGAUUCUUUGAGGGUGCAAUAAUGGGAGUAGGGAAAGGGAGUGCUGCUCUUGCAAGUACAGCUCUAGCUGCUGAUGAUGCAGGUGGUGAGGGUUGGGGAGAAGAUGCAGAAUUGGGAAUGGAUGAUAGAAUGCCUGGUGAUGAAGACCCAGAAGAAGUUGCUGCAUCUGCCCCUGAGGAAGGUGGAGGCUGGGAUGUAGGUGAUGAAGAUGUUGAACUACCACCCGACCUUGCAGGAAGUUCUCCAUCUGUAGAAGAAGGCUACUUUGUGGCUCCCACUAUUGGAGUGUCCCAAAGCAAAGUUUGGGCAACCAACUCGCAACUACCUAUCGACCACGUUAUGGCAGGUAGUUUUGAAACAGCUUUCCGUCUUUUGCAUGACCAAGUGGGAGUCACAGAGUUUUCACAGUUCCAACAUCUGUUCAUGGCUGCAUUCAGUCAGUCUCGAACCAGUUAUUCAUGUCUACCUAGUUGUCCUUCACAGUUUGCCUAUCCUCAUCGUAACUGGAAAGAGGCAGGUCCUAAAGGAGGUCAUCCUGCAGUUUGGAUUAAGUUAAGUGACUUGGUAGUUCGUUUGCAGCAAUGUUAUCAACUUACUACUGCAGGAAAAUUUUCCGAAGCUAUAGAAAAACUCAGAAGCCUUCUUUUGAGCAUUCCUCUCCUUGUUGUAGACACUAGACAAGACAUCGCUGAAGCUCAACAGCUUUUGCAAAUAUGUAGAGAGUACAUAUUGGGGUUACAAAUGGAGACUACUCGUAAAGAACUGCCCAAGAAUACACUUGAAGAGCAGAAGAAAGUUUGUGAACUGGCUGCUUACUUCACACAUUGCAAUCUUCAACCGGUCCAUCAGAUUUUGACUCUUCGCACAGCCAUCAAUCUCUUCUUCAAGCUAAAGAACUACAAAUCAGCAGCAUCAUUUGCACGCCGGCUUUUGGAACUUGGGCCACGUCCAGAAGUAGCUGCACAGGCUCGUAAGAUGUUGCAAGCUUGUGACAAGAAUCUAGUUGACGAGCACUCUCUUGCCUAUGAUGAACAUAACCCCUUCAGCAUCUGUGGAAAAAGCUACAGUCCAAUUUACCGAGGGAAACCAGAGGAGAAAUGUCCACUUUGUGGUGCUUCAUUCCAGCCUCAAUACAAGGGCAACGUUUGUAACGUCUGUGGUGUAGCAGAGAUUGGCCGAGACGUCAUGGGGCUGAGAAUCAGCCCUUUGCAGUUCAGAUAAGUUCAUAAGUGUUUAUUAUAUAUUCAAUUUACUUGUGUCUAACUUAUUUUCUGAAUCUAUGUUUGUUUUUUGGAGUUUAUGGAAGAGUAUAUUUUAUUUGUCGCAGUUAUUGUAGGCUAAUACAUAUUGGACAGUAUUUUUUACACCUGAUUGGUUGAUUGGUCAUUUUUAUGGAAUAAUUUGAUCAGUCACAAAACUAGCAUUCUCAUUUUUAAAUAUAUUUUAUUAGUUAUAUAUAAUUAUUGCCCUGUAAUUCUUCUGUCAACAAUUAACUGCUGAGUAACAACCUCACUAUAUCAAGCAUGUAAUGAUUAUUGGUUCAUAUAAUUAUUUUAAAGUUAAAUUUUCAAAUGCCAAAUACAAUUUUUUAUUUUCCUUAC